AAUCACCAAUUCCCGCUAUCUUCCGCAACACACUUCCACCGCGGCCUCCGCCACGUCAGAUCACCGCCAGCGCCACCGCCCGGUCAGAUCUCCGGCGUCAAAACGACGGCGUUUCAUCUCUGUAAUGGCCGUAAUUAUUAUAUCUUCAUUCAUUCACAUUAACGCUAAAAAUUACACAUCUCUAUCAUCUCAUUCUCACAAAAAAACCCUAGCUUUACCGACGGCGAAAACACACCGCCAAAAUACAUUUUGUAUUAGAAAUGCGAAGAAGUUUGAAACGACGUCGUUUGCUGUAUCGGAGAACAGUUCAGCUACUAGUUGGGUUGAAGAAUUGUCAUUGGAUAAUAAUGCUGCUAAAAGGAUAAUUAAGGGUCCGAUUAUUGUUAUUGAUAAUUAUGAUAGCUUCACUUAUAAUCUCUGUCAGUAUUUGGGAGAGCUUGGAUGCAAUUUCGAGGUUUAUCGGAACGACGAGCUUACUGUGGAUGAACUGAAGGAGAAAAAUCCAAGGGGAAUACUAAUAUCACCUGGACCAGGUGCACCUCAAGAUUCUGGGAUAUCAUUGCAAACUGUACUGGAACUUGGACCAACUGUUCCGUUAUUUGGUGUUUGUAUGGGUUUGCAAUGCAUCGGAGAGGCUUUUGGAGGAAAUAUUGUGCGCUCUCCAUCUGGGGUGAUGCACGGAAAAAGCUCCCCUGUGGAUUAUAAUGAAGGUGGGGAAGAUGGCUUAUUGGCAGGGCUACCAAGGCCAUUCACAGCUGGUAGAUACCACAGCCUGGUAAUAGACAAGGACACUUUCCCCAAAGACGCACUUGAGAUAACUGCAUGGACAGAAGAUGGUCUUGUAAUGGCUGCUCGUCACAAGGUUUAUAAACACAUACAGGGGGUACAAUUCCAUCCGGAAAGCAUCAUCACAAGUGAAGGCAAAACAAUAGUUCGCAAUUUUGUCAAAUUGAUAGAGAGGAAGGAAGAAGCAGAAUCUCAAAACUAGAUAACCCUCUUUUUCUCAUGUACAAUAUUGCGAUAUUGCCUCAAUAACAGAUGCAGAAGUAUGUGCUUUUUCUUUGUUGUAAACUAGCAGACUUAAUUUAGAAGUUGUCAAUACUUGUAUUCUCCUGGUUGUCAUGGAUUUUUAAAUAUUCUUUAAAAAAUGUUGGUUUAUUAUUAA